AUGCCCCAUUUACCUAUGCAUUAUUGGGAUUCAUCGAAUGACUACGCUGUCGCACCCAGCCCAAUUGUUCGGACUUAUCGACCUGACCCUCCGAAACGCAAAAGUCCCAAUAUGCCAUCCCCAAAGACAGCCCCGCCGGUCGUUCUGUCUCCGAGGCCCGAUAGUGGACCACGACCCCAGGCCCGUUCCGCUGGCACUGCUGAACGACCUGGUAGGAAUGAAAGUCUGGUCGAUCUGGUUCGCUUCUUUCAGACUCAGAACAUGACACCGCAGAUCUUGCCUCCGCCGACUCCGUCGGAACCACAACACUCUCCUAAACUUCAACAUGAACCUCUGCAGCAGCCCCCAAGUCCCCCGGACACAACAACGGCACUUCCAGUUGCCAUCUCUCCCAAGGAAUCCAAGCCAGAAAUUAAACAGGAUCUCAAGCCCUUCCACCGGCGUCUCCUUCAGUUUGCCCAGCGUCCCAAGAAGGAAACCUCCGCCAGAUCGAAGAAAGAUGAGCAGCAGCGUCAGAUCGAAGCAUUGACCAGAGAAGGCUAUUUGAUUCCACCCCCUCUACAGAAAGGUGCCAAGACCUCGAAGGAUGCCAGUCAAUCCAAGGAAAGCCUGUCACUCUCUAUCUCAAGAUCUCUCUCGAAAUCCAAGCGAGACGUGGAAAACAUUGGACAGCCAUGGCUGCAAGCCAAAGGCGAUGGCAGGAUGCGGACAAUCGAGAACAGCCGCCAACUGGGAUCUUUGGACCUAGGUGACUUCGGCUCAAUGGUCGACGUAUCAGUCUCCCUCUCCGAAUUCGACGAUGCCGUGCCCCCACCAUACCAACCAAAUGAUAACGGACCGUCCUCGUCUUCUUCAAUGAUCCCAGUCCCAGGCUCUGUGGGAGGCUCUAGCCCAGCGAAUUCUAUCAAACCACCUUCGUCUAUUGCGUCAACUAGCCGCUCUUACAGAAAUGUCUCUAUCGACGAGCAGCUCCCACGGCCAACUCUUGCAGCAUCCAGUGCCGAUGCCACUUCACAGGAGAAGCGCACUGCUCCAAAGUCUCGUCAUGGCCCUGACAGUGUGAAAGACACAACAUCUACACCCAGGACCUCGUGUGAUAGCUUACGACGAGAUCAGUCGGACAAAGCUUCCGUCCGCAACGUGACUCCGUCUCAACCUGCUCUGAAACUUUUCCCUGAUGUUGCACCUCCUCGGAAAUCGAGCAAUACCUGGAGAGCCUCGGUUGUUCCCCGGAGUCAAAUUGUCAACAAUCUCACGGCCUCAGUCUCAACCCCAACACCGGCUCCACAGGUGAAGUCUGCGACUACUUCAGUGGACUCAGAAGCACCACGAAAGUCAUCGGAUGUCUUCACGGAUGGUCCUACCAAUGCAUCCGAGCCACAGUGUGCGGGUGCUCUCGAGCCGAGCGCCACUUCUUCCCAGCCCCCGUCAGAGAAAACAGCAGAGGAGCCUGACUCGACAAACCAACCGAAGUCGCGGCGGACCUCCCUGUCCAUGGGCACCCUCAAGGCGUUCCCUUUGCCUGCACCUACCAGACCGUUGCCAUCAUUGCCUGAGGUUGGGCGUUCUCCUAGUGCACCCCCUGACAGCUGUGCUCGCUCUAUUCGGUCUACUAAAUCAGGCCCCGGGCCCUCGAAUCUGCAAUCUUCUUCCUUGGCGGUUCCUGACACCGAAGAGACCGAAUCCACCACCGGCAGCCCCAGUACUGUUGGCUCUCGCCCAGCCACUGCUGUUGGCAGCAUUGGCGCCGGAGGAUCCCUCGCCGACGAUGAAGACAGUAUGUUUACCCCAUCGAUCUCCGAGAAUUCCAAGUCCACCCCAGGGCUCUAUACCGCCAGAGGGCGUGCUUCAAGCGUGCGCAUCCCGCGUAUGCAAGAGCUUCCCGAAACUCCCAGUCAAGACAAGGGGCAGCCCUUGGCCGACUCGCCUGUCCUUGGACAUGGUACGCCCACGAAGUCCAAUGGCAAGACUGCUGCGAAGAACCUUCAAAUCAACUCAAAAGUGGCUCGAACAAAUCUUCCAUUUGGUUUACCCUCGCCUCCCCCAACAGGCUCUUUACCAUCAGCACCUCCUCAACACGCGCCGCCCGCUCCUCCAGGAAGCAAAACUGGGCAACGUAACGUCACUGCUCCCCAUGGAGGCAAGUAUUCAUCAAUGAAGAGCAAAGAUGUUCCCGCCGGGCCUGGAUCUUACCGGAAUUCCAUGAUCUCCCGAAGUGACAGUUCCCGAAGUAGUCUUCGGAAUGAAAGCUUCCCAGAUUCCUACGAAGAGAGAGAAAGCCACCAACAGUCUCGACCCGAGUCUCCCAUCGCCUCCUCAGAUGACGAGGUCACUGGCUCCAAAGCGACAGCGAAACAGUCCCGUCGCGAACCCACCAAACACAAGCGCAUCCAAAUAGUGCGCCGCGAGCACGAAACAGCAGACAACGAUCAACCAUCUCGCUCACGUCUUCGCUAUCCCCAGCCCACUCGCCCUGCACCCCACAGCCGCAGCAGCCACAGUCUCGACCAGACUUCAUCUCAACAGUAUUCCCAGCAGUCGCAUCGACCAAGAGAGUCUCACAACAAUCGUUCACGCGCACACUCAGACCACUACCUCGAAGACCGGGUAGCGAACCUCGAGCGCCAAAACCAAAUGCUCCAGGCUGCUCUCAUGGCAGCACUGAAUGCCAGUGGCAAAAACCCAUUAGAGGGUCUCAACAUCGACCCAAACAUGACACCUUCAUUCCAGAACGCUCCAUAUGUCAACCAAUAUUCGAACCGGCACACCCGCCGCGACAGCUGGCUCAGUUCCUCUCAGAGCAGCAAUAACAGCGCAUAUGACGCAAAUUGCAAGGACAGCCGCGCAAAUGUCAAGCAAUUCGACCAUAUGAUCGAAGAUAUUGAGUCUGGAUGGAUGUCGGACAAGUCCAGUCUCAGUGGUGCUCGCGCUGUCCACAGACACUAG